AAGAGCCGGAAGUUCCAGUGUUUUGAUAACCGCUGCGGAAGAAGCUGUCAGCUGCUCUCGUCUCGCCGAUAUCUCGUUCAAGCAGUAGUUUCACUUACUAAUCCAAUGACAGAUGUAACGGUUUCACAGAAAGUCACAAUGGGAUUCACACUGAGGCGCUUUCCUGGCGUUACACCGUCGAAAGCGCUCCUGUUGUUGCCUUUUCUGAUGACAUUUCUUCUCGUCGGGAGCCGAGGCGAGAGCAAUGAGAUGGACAACGUCGCAACAGAGAGGAUGGCUGAGGAGAGCCACCGACAGGACAGUGCCAACCUGCUCAUAUUCAUAAUGCUCUUAACACUCACCAUUUUAACCAUAUGGCUGUUCAAACACCGCCGAUUUCGCUUCCUGCAUGAAACAGGACUAGCCAUGAUCUAUGGCUUGCUGGUGGGUGUGAUCCUGCGGUUUGGCGUCCACGUGCCCCAAAGCAUGAGUGAUGUGGUGUUCAGCUGUGCUGUCAACGCCAGCCCUGCCACUCUGCUGGUCAAUGUCAGCGGGCGAUUCUACGAGUACACCCUGAAGGGGGAAGUGAGCCGGGGAAAAGGCCACCAAGUGCAGGAUGAUGAGAUGCUGAGAAAGGUGACCUUUGACCCAGAAGUCUUUUUCAACAUUUUGCUGCCUCCCAUCAUCUUCCAUGCUGGUUACAGUCUGAAAAGGAGACAUUUCUUUAGAAACAUCGGCUCCAUCCUGGCCUAUGCUUUCAUGGGAACGGUUAUAUCCUGCUUUGUUAUUGGGCUGAUUAUGUAUGGAUUUGUGUCCUUCAUGAAAGUUGUUGGCCAGCUUGGGGGAGAUUUUUACUUUACUGACUGCCUCUUUUUUGGAGCCAUCGUUUCUGCAACAGACCCAGUGACGGUGCUGGCUAUUUUCAAUGAGCUAAAAGUCGACGUGGAUCUUUAUGCUUUACUGUUUGGGGAGAGCGUCCUAAAUGAUGCUGUGGCCAUCGUCCUCUCUUCCUCUAUCGUGGCGUACCAGCCUGCAGGCGACAACAGCCACAGCUUUGAGGCCACGGCCUUGUUGAAGUCCUUCGGCAUCUUCCUGGGCGUCUUUAGUGGAUCCUUUGCUCUUGGAGUGGCCACUGGAGUCAUGACAGCUCUGGUGACCAAGUUCACCAAGCUGAGGGACUUCCCGUUACUGGAGACAGCUCUUUUUUUCCUCAUGUCCUGGAGCACCUUUUUAUUGGCUGAGGCCUGCGGGUUCACAGGUGUGGUGGCUGUGCUGUUUUGUGGCAUCACUCAGGCUCACUACACCUUCAACAAUCUCUCGCCCGACUCUCAGGACAGGACCAAACAGUUGUUUGAGCUGCUGAACUUCCUGGCAGAGAACUUUAUCUUCUCCUACAUGGGUCUGACUCUCUUCUCCUUCCAGUCGCAUGUUUUCAACCCUUUGUUCAUCAUUGGAGCCUUUGUGGCAGUUUUUCUGGGCAGGGCGGCAAACAUUUACCCUUUGUCAUUCCUGCUCAACCUGGGCCGCAGGAACAAGAUCGGUUCAAACUUUCAGCAUGUCAUGAUGUUUGCAGGUCUGCGUGGCGCGAUGACCUUUGCUCUUUCAAUCCGAGACACAGCGACUUACGCCCGUCAGAUGAUGUUUUCGACCACACUCUUAAUUGUCUUCUUCACUGUCUGGAUUUGUGGAGGCGGCACAACGCCUAUGCUGUCCUUCAUGAGCAUACCAGUGGGUGUGGACUCUGAUCAGGACACCUCUAGUUCAGCGGUGUUGGAUGGGUCACAGCGGAGGAACACCAAACAUGAGAGCGCCUGGCCCUUCAGGAUCUGGUAUAACUUUGACCACAACUACCUGAAGCCGCUGCUCACCCACAGCGGUCCUCCUCUCACUGCUACUCUGCCUGCUUGUUGUGGACCGCUGGCACGAUGCCUCACCAGCCCACAGGCCUACGAGAACGAAGGUCAGCUCCACGACGACGACUCUGACUUCAUCCUGAACGAUGCCAGCGUGAGCUCCAUGUACGCCGACGUCACUGUCAGCACGGAUGCCUCUGGAUCUCGCACCAUGAACUGUAAGCGCUCCUCCAGUGCAGGGGGUGGUCCAUCCGAUGAAGGUCUGGAGCACGAGCUCACCUUGGCGGAACAUGAAGUUGCGAUCAGGGGCACCCGCCUCGUCCUGCCCAUGGAUGACCCCGUGGAGCCACCAAUUACGGUCACCCUGCCUCCACCACCCUCUCCGCCACGCUCCGACCCUCGCAGGCACAGACUGUAAGACAGCUCUUGCUGUAAGGAUGCAGUUUGUUGUUUUCAACUUCAAAAACCAUCGAACUUGAUUUCACAAAAAAACAAAAAACAGCACUGAUUAAUUGAGCUGUUGUUUGGCUUUUUGACUAAAACGACAAACUGCUUUCACAGUAAUAAAAGCACUUCCUCUCUCUCUAACAUAGUAUCAAACUAGUCUGAACUUUGUGACAAACUUGAGGCGUUCUUGAUUUAAUUCCCCAAUUGGGUGGAUUACUGUAAUCUUGAAUGUGAAUGCACUACUUUUUAAGGUAAGGUACUGUGAAUCAAGAACACCUCAAGUUUUAAAGUUUACCUAAAAAUCACCUGAGAUGCACAUUUAGCAACCAUUCAAGGAAGCUAAAAAAUGUAUUUGCUCCUAAGUUUGUACUACUGUGGUGAUAUGCCAGUGCCGUUCGUUAAGUAUGCUCUUUAAAUGCCCCGAUUCCCGCCAACUGCAUGGGGUGAUUCCUAAAUGUUUCAGGUGCAGUUUACUCUGUUCUCUGUGGUGGAGCUGCUCCUGACUACAGGACCUGUAUUUGUCUAGCUUCCAUCAAGUAUUUGUAAGACGACCAACAGUAACACUAAGUACUGCUAAAGGUCAUUAAUAUUAAAGUUGCAUUAAGUGUCUGUUCAUUGGUGGAGGAAGGUUCACUUAUGACUUAUGGCCAAGGUGGGAACAACUGGACAAGGACACUGACAUCCGUGAUGGGAGCAGUUUUAAGAGUUUUAAAUUUAAAAGAAAAAAAUAUGUUGUACAACAAAAUUCUAAAUGCUGUACAUACGAUUAGGCCAACAACCCAAACUGCUUCCACAACAGUGUCCAGGAGCAUCUCUUCUAUCUUAAAUUUUUAGCACUGCCUGCCUCUUUUCUUCUUGAUCGGUCUUCUCACUUAUUAAUUUAUUUAUUUUACAGAAUUGAUUUAUUUAUGUAAUGAUUUAUUUUGAUUGUAAUUUAUGGAUUGUUUAUGUUGUGUGACGAUGAUGAUCUUACCCUGUUCAAAAAUAGUACUGCUCUAUGGAGAAAGCACCUUUUCUUAGAAAAAAGAAAGAAAAAAAAGCACUACGAAUCUUCCCACAGAAGGUACAAUGUUCAGUAGGGAAGCCAUGAGGGAAGUGGGUAUGUGUUCUGUACUAUGUGUGCAUGUUAAAAUAUCUCCUUCCUAUACUGUAGCAGAUCCUCCUACUUUAUACUUGGAAAAUAGAGCUUCCCUGUGUGUGCAUUUUACAAGUGUGUGUGUGUAUGUGUGUGUGUGUGCCUGAUGUUAGAAUGGAAUUUAUUCAAAUCUACUGAUGUGGUUUUAGGGCUAAUGCUGUUUCUGGGUUUUCUGUUAUCUAAUUUAAUCUUCUUUCUCAAGAACAACAACAACAAAAAAAACAAAGUUACUGCCGUGUCUUUGUGAUGUUUAUCAUCAAAGAUGACUCUGAGGGCUGGCUGAACUGUUUUGAAUUAAAGUGCCUAUUCAGAAAUUUAGUUACUGAAUUGUACAUAUUUUGAUUUGCUAAAGUGCAGUACGAUUAUCUCUCUUUAUUUUUAUGACACUGAACCCUUUGAUUGCUGUCGAAUACUGAUAUGUCUAUUCACAGUAUCAUUAGGCCAUUAGGUGACUAUAGUGUAAUAAUUUGUUUUGAUUUUUUAAAAGUUGGAGAGCCCAUAAAUGUGUAAACUAACAUACUGUCCUUUCAUUAGUAGGAAAUAACACACUAAAAUUUAAUCAGUUAUAGGAAUUUUUGUGGAACCAUGUGCUUGUGGAGAAGGUAUACUUUAUUUAAAAUGACGUACUUAAGAACUGAAUUUGAACACAACAAUAACUUGGUGACCUCUUUACCGGUAGUUUUUUUAUUUUCCAGUGAAAUCAAAGGAAAACUACCACUACAGGAGGAUACCACCAAAUUUUUACUGACGCACUGUUACGUCUUUUUUACUCAUUUGAUAACCGAGAUUGGCUAUUCUGUUUCCACCACAAUGAGAGAUAUUUUGCACUGAGUUUAACUGAGUUCCUCGUUUGCCCUGUUUUGUGCUGAGUUUGUAUGACUACCAUAGAAAUGAAUAAUUCCAGGUAAAAAAAAAAAAUCAGCUUUUUUUUUCUUUCAAAUGUUGAAAUAUUUGUUUUUAUUGAGUCAACAUGAGUUGUCUUUUUUUGAUGUUUGAGUAGUUUUCUUAAUGAGUUUGAGCAUAACCAUCUACAUGGGCAUGACCAAAUAUAUGUUUUUUUCUUUCAGUAAGGUACCCUUCAGUUUUCUGUUGUUGUUUAAAUGUAACUGAACCAUAAAAACACAGACCUAUGCCUUAUAGGGAAAUUUUGAAGAAAGUCGUAAUAUUACAACAGCAACCACACCGAAAGCUAAAAACCUGAACAUGUUUGGUUAUGUUUUCUAACAUUUGUGGAAACUGGUAAUGACAGUUUUAUUUGUGAAAAGUACACCUAAAAAUAUGUGAUUUUUUUUUUUUUAAAUGUGACUUUUUGUGGAGGGAGAAAAGUAAUCUCAGAUUUAUUCAGUUUUUUUCCCUGUGUAGUCCUGAGGUCAUUUAACAGUCUCCCCUCUCGCUAGUGUACUAAAAAAUAAAAACAUUCUUGAAAAUUC